GCGCGCCGAGGCUGCGGGUGAGGGUUUUCCUGUUGCGUCGAGCUGGUACUCACCUUCAAACUUCUCCUUUCAAACCCAGAAGAGUGAACAUCUCAACACGUGGAGGAAAAGGCUCUUUUUUUUUCCACUCCAAAAAUAAGAACACUGCUCUUAAUCUUGCAACCACUGGACAAAAUUCACUCCUGUGCCUUCCUUGACAUCCUACUGCCAUCUGUGACCAAGUUUACACAACAGAACAGAGAUUUUUAAAAAAAAGAAAAAAGAAAGAGGAAGAUAGACUGACGUAGUGGUGGUGACAGUAAAAGGUACAAGAAGGCAUCAAAGUGCGUUGGUUUGCGGUGGGAACUUCCUGCCUUGGCUGUCCUCCUGUGACACAAUCGCACUGUUCUUAAGUUGUACCAUGUGGUUUGGCAAGCAUGUAUUUUGUCUAAAAACAUGUCAAGCCACUGAGUGUGUGGGAUGACAGCACAAAGAAAGCAAAAAAGUGGAAAAAACAACCAUGCUGAAUAAUCAGCUGGUCUAUAUUGGCCUGGAGCUGGUGAUUGCUUGUCUGGCUGUGGCUGGGAACGUCCUGGUCUGCUGGUCUGUCUGCCUCAACUCCAACCUACAGAGCAUCACCAACUUCUUUGUGGUUUCACUGGCAGUCGCUGAUAUUGCUGUGGGACUGCUGGCAAUUCCCUUCGCUAUCGCUAUUAGUACCGGUUUCUGUGCAAAUUUCUACGGCUGCCUUUUCAUCGCUUGCUUCGUCCUCGUGCUCACUCAGAGCUCCAUCUUUAGUCUGCUGGCUAUCGCUGUGGACCGCUACAUCGCAAUCAAAAAUCCACUCAGGUAUAACAGUCUGGUGACAGGGCACAGGGCAAAGGGCAUCAUAGCACUGUGCUGGGUUCUUUCAGUGGGCAUCGGCCUGAUACCGAUGUUUGGCUGGAACACAGGUUGGAAUUCCACCGCCACUGCCGUCAAAAGCAAGGGCUGCCCUCAAGGAAUGACCCAUUGUUUGUUUGAGGGAGUGGUUCCCCUUGACUACAUGGUCUAUUUCAAUUUUUUUGGCUUCGUGCUGGUGCCCCUGGUAAUGAUGUUGGUCAUCUACGUAAAUAUCUUCAUGGCAGCUCGGCGACAACUCCGACUGAUGAGCCUCAAAGUUGCACACACACCUGCUCCUGGACAGAAACCUCCAUCUUCCAGCUCGUCUCGCUCGAUUCUGCAGAAGGAAGUGCACGCUGCAAAAUCACUGGCUAUCAUCGUUGGUUUGUUUGCUUUGUGCUGGCUUCCUCUGCAUAUCAUCAAUUGCGUCAACCACAUGUGCCAUGGCUGUGAGCGCCCACACAUCUGGGUGAUGAACAUUGCAAUCAUUCUCUCCCAUGCCAACUCUGUGGUGAAUCCCUUGAUCUAUGCCUACCGCCUUCGAGAGUUUAGACAUACCUUUCGCAAGAUUCUCUACCAGCACAUCCUGGGGAAGAAUGAUGGCCGUUUGUUUGGGGUUGAAAGUGCUGAUGGCAGGGGUGUAGGGAACACUAGUAUCAUGUGGACCUCUUCCCGUACUAGUAAAGAGGAUUUAUCAUGUGGCACAGUGGUAAAUAAUUAUGUUCUAGAAUCCAGUGUUGAUCAAAUGACAUCAAAUGGUUUUCAUGAGAGUUCAGAUGCCAUAGCAAGCAGCAAUAUUCCCAAUGGACACCAAAUAACAACUGGCAUCAUGUCAGAAGUGCAGCAUGAGCCAGAUAGCAUGGCAUCUUCUGCACAGGAAGCAGUAGAGUCAGCCACACACCUGGGAGGAGCAACAGAUGCUUUGGAGUUGAAAGACAGGGGAAGCUGCAUUACUUUUGUAAAUGUUCAGGCACUUUCUCUAAAACAGAAUGACUGUUCCCACUUGACAAAAAUCACAGAAACCUCAUGACAAAGACAUUCAGGUAUUUUUAUAUAUUUCUAUCAAAACACGCAGAAUGUCACACAAACAUGACAACACAAAGGAUUAGUGAAAUUUCAGCAAAUCAACCUCAACAGCAAAUCUGUUUUUAAAAAUGUUUUGAAAUUGACUUUUUUUCAGUUUGCUGUGUUUUUUUUUUAAUGUGCACUUUAAUGUUGAAAAGAAAAAUACUACUUGUAAUGUGCAGUGUCUCGCUAUGUAUUUUAAGAAACUUUGAAAUUCUAUUGCUGUAUUUUUUUAUGCUGCAACAGGCCAAAUUUUGGGGUCAUCAUUUGUUGUUUGCACCCCAUGAAAAAUUAAAAAAAAUCUUUAAAUAUGUCACAGUUUCAUGGGCUUUUUGUGCUGUAACACUAAACUGAACUAAUAACGGUUUUAUUGUUUUACUUUAUUACAAUUUCCAUAUUGCCAUAGAUGAAACAUACACUGAAGUUCUUCUGUUAUGAGCUGGAAGUUGUGAUUAAUUCAUUACCACACACUCUGACAGCUGGAGAAAAUCAAAGAACUGACCACAAUACGAAGAGGUGACAGACAAAUGAGUCUUAACCAAAGGGAAUCUUUUUGGAUUUAUAAAUUACAGGCCCCUAAAUAUCCUGCCUUACAUGAGGACUUAAAUUUUACUUCUUUAUUCUAACCUUUAUGUACCUUUGCAUUUUCUGUCAUUUAUGUUUUAUGCUGCUAUGUGUUCUCAUCUGAUUUGAGGUGAAUUUAGGGGAAUGUUUGUGAUUGGUGUUGAGCUACUUUUUUAGGCUUUUUCACCUGCCCAUGGUUUGAAGACCUCUCCUAUUGGUGAAGCUUUACUAGUGGAAUAUUCCACCCACCCCUAGGUGGAAGCUUGAUACUGGUGGAACACCGCAUGUGGAAGGCCUCUAUUAGUGGAAUACCACUAGAAAUGAUUCAGUGUGUCAGUGGACUCUGUUUUAUUCCCUAAUGAUGGCCUG